AUGGAAGAUUAAAAAGCCAGAAAAAUAUAAAAGUACAACUCCAUCAUUCUAUUUUAGAGCAUGGAGAUCAUUUACUAAUAAAAAAAUAUUCCAAUACUACAAAGAUAUUAUUUUAUUUAAAUGCAAGUAUAACUAUAACUGUUAAUAUUAGAGGAAACCCUGCUAGAUUAUUAAAAGCUAUUAAUCCAAAUGAAGCUCAAUUAUUAGAUGCUGCUUGUAAAUCACAUAUUAGAUUUAGACUUGGAGGAGAAGUAUAUUAUUUAUUUUAUCUUUUUAGCAAUUUCCUCCCAUUAUUUAUUAUAAAAUAUAUAGUCAUGGAGGAAUUGUAGAUCUUAAUGCUUUUGCUCCUAGAGAUUAUUCAUCAUUAUAAAGAGAUCCAAUUCCACAUGAAAAAGUUGCAUACUCAGAAUAUAAGAAGAAUUAAUAAAAAUAUGAUAAUCAAGGAUGGUAUUUAAGAUUAGAUAAUAAUGGAUGGAGACCAGUUAUUAUUUAUAUUUACAUUUUUAUAGAUCUCAAACAAAUAAAUGAUUAAAGCAGAUUUUGUUGAAUUAUACACUGCCAACAAAAUCAGAUAUUAUCACCAUAAAAAAGAUAAAAGAGAAGAAAAAGUUAAUAAAAAGACAAGACUUAAUAAAUUAAAAUGGGCAUAGAGUAUUUAAAAAUAAAAAGAGGGAACUCAAUAAUCCAAAUAAGUUUAAUAAUAAUAAGACUUCUUUACUUAAACUAAAUAAUAUUUAGAAAUGGAGGAUGUAUGAUUUUUACUUAUUCUAAGGAUGAAUUUGAUAAAGAAGUAUAAAAUCUAAUUGAUUGGAGUGAAAAUUUAGAUUAUGAUAAAUAUAUGGCAGAAUGGUUUUAAUUAUCUACCUCUAAUGCAAGCGAAAAUUAUGUAGUUUAGUAAAUCCAUGUAUUUUUAAUAUUACUAUUUUUAGUAAACUAAAAUUGAUUCAGUCUUUAAAGGUACUUGA